CUUUCUCAGUCCCCCCCUUUUCUUAGUGAGAAGCAGUCACCUUGUGAUGUGCGCUCACUCCGCCUCUUCCCAGCUGAUGCUCGCGCCCUGUCAAUUUAUUUUCUGAGAUGAAGAGUUGAGGAAGGGGGAAAAGAAAACUAGAGGGUCUGCGGGGGUAGCGCAGUUAAAACAUCCAUGGGUGGUUGUGUGGGCAGUCACCAUGAUUCUUCAGGCAGUCUAAACGAAAACUCUGACGGAACUGGAGUGGCUCUUGGGCGUAACCAGGCCUUGAAGAGAGAGAAGCCCAAAUGGAAGAGUGACUAUCCAAUGACGGACGGCCAGCUGCGCAGUAAGCGGGAUGAGUUCUGGGACACUGCGCCCGCCUUCGAGGGCCGCAAGGAGAUCUGGGACGCACUCAGGGCCGCCGCCCAGGCCUUCGAGAGCAACGACCAUGAACUGGCCCAGGCCAUCAUCGACGGGGCCAGCAUAACAUUGCCACACGGCGCGCUGACUGAGUGCUAUGACGAGCUGGGGAACCGCUACCAGCUGCCAGUCUACUGCCUGUCUCCACCUGUCAACAUGAUCGAGGAGAAGAGUGACCUGGAGAGUCUGGAGGUCAGCGAGCCGCCACCCAGCGAGGGCCAGGAGUGCCAGCUGCGCCUGCGCUUGUCUACGGGCCGGGACCUGCGCCUGGCAGUGAGGACCACGGACACGGUGCAGCACAUGAAGCGCCGGCUGCAGACGGUGGAGGGCGUGGCGGCGGCCACCCAGCGCUGGUUCUUCUCGGGCCGGCCACUCACAGACAAGAUGAAGCUGGAGGAGUUGAAGAUCUCCAGGGACUACGUGGUGCAGGUGAUCGUCAGCCAGCCGCCCGCCCCCCUGCCCACCCAGGCACCGCCCUCCCCCACACCAGUCACGCCAGCCACGCUACCCCAGGACCCCACACCCGUGGAAAACUAGUGUCUGGCACCCAUGCAGGAGGAGAGAGGACCACAAUGGGAGGACCAGCUUGUGUCUAAGAGAGCGAGCGAGAGAGGGGUGGAAGUGUGUGUGUGUGUGUGUGUGUGUGUGUGUGUGUGUGUGUGUGUGUGUGUGUGUGUGUGUGUGUGUGUGUGUGUGUGUGUGUGUGUGUGUGUGUGUGUGUGUGUGUGUGUGUGUGUGUGUGUGUGUGUGUGUGUGAGAGAGAGAAGGAACUAAGUAGGUAGAAGAUUAAACACGUGUCUGCAAAGUGGCUGAAACAGGACUAGAGAACCAAGUCGAGCUGAGCCGAGCUGAGUGGUCAUUGAAAGGGUUUAUUUACAAUUGAGUGUUUGUUAAGCUGUGUUACCUCCCUCUCUCUUCUCCCUCCUCGACGGGACGGCAAGGUUAUUCUGCAAGGCAUGCUAAGAUAGCAGCAGGGGUGUGUCUGUGCGUCAGCCGGAACAGGAAGACUCCGCCUCCUCGACUGAAGGCAACCAACCAGGAGCAGGAAGAGACUCAACCACAAGACAGGACCACCUGCCAACCUGACUUUUAACAAAUCAACCUUUUACAAAAACUAUUUUUAAAAACUUGUCUUGCUUUUAGUGGAAACUGAACAACCAAAAAAAUAAAGAUCUGGGGAAACUAUAAGGAACGGGGAAGAAUAUACAGUAACAACUUUUUCAUUUUGCAUUGUUUUGUACUCUUGUUUUGAUUUCACUGCGGUUGCAUUUUAGUCCUUGUCAAGGAUGAUUCUGUAUUGAUUUGGAGGACUGGGUCAAUGUUCCAGAACCUCUUACCUGCCUGCCUGCUCUCCAUCUCCUCUGUAGCUUCUAGUCAGUCAGCUGUCUGUCCUUCUAUUGCUCUCUUUGUUAUGCAUCCUACCUGUAACAGUCUUGACCUGUAGCUUCUUUCUGCAGACAUUACAUGUAGCUCUGCCAGUCAACUCUUAAGUAGAUGAAUCACAUGCUCUGGACUAUACCUUUUUAAUUCCUGACUUGGUUUGUGAAGUUAGUAGGCCGUCACUGCGGAAGAUUAGUUCCCUUCUCAUUCUCCAGUCAACAUCCCAUCUUGUAAACUUGACACUCUCACUCUACAGUUGUCUGUAUGCACCUGAUAUUUGCUUAAGAUGGAAAUACAGUAGGUUUCCAGUUAUUACAGGUGCAGAACUUUAAAAAAAGGAAAACGUACAAACUGAAUGUGCUGGGAUGAGGUGUCAUCGCAAAGUUUUACCAGCACUGUGUUUAGAAAUUCUGCUUCACUAUACUUUAAGAUACUUAUCAGCGCAGUGUGUAAUCAAUUUGUGUGUGUGUGUGUGUGAUAAGAGAGAACGAGCGAGAGGGUAAAGGCAUGUUUGAGAGGUUGUCGAGAGAAAGUGUUGGAUGUACAGCUAUGUUCAUGUGCGCAAUAUCUUCUGGUGACAAGAGCCAGACCUCAGAACAUACCAAGAAGAGGUCUUUAGGGGUUGUACUGUGGAGUGUGGACAUAAGUCACACCAGAGGUCUUGUCCUGUACUCCUGUAGCUGUUAAGAUUUGAGUAACAUUUUUCUGCUUCUCUCUUCGUGUGUGUGUAUGAGUGUGUUAAGGCACAUCAAGACUUAUUCAUGAAAAAUGCAUUUCAGAAACCUAGUUGCAUAUUUUGAAAUAGAAUGUUUUUAAUUAAAUUGACCAACAUUUGUACUCCA